CUGAUAUAUUUCUAUAAUGCUGUUUUGUGACAAUAUCCAUUGUUAAAAGUGUUGUACAAAAAAAUGUGUUAAAGCUGACAUUUACUGUAUAAGUGAGAAGUAUUAACCAGCACUACAUACAUAAAUAUACACAACAGCAAAUGCAGAAGUAACCACAUUAAUGCUUGUGUGAGCAUUGACUUGGAAUCUCCUCAUCUCAGUGUUGUGUGCUGUGGGAGUGGAAACACUGUAUCAGACAGACUUCUACAGCCUGGCUGUGUACCUGUUGGUCUCAUCAGCUGGAAUGAUGCUUUUUGAAAUGACAUAUUUCAUUGACGCUUUUUUGGUGACAUGGCUUCCGUAUCCGGUUACAUCAAAAUUCUUUGUCAUUUGGAAAAAGAUGGCAAAUGUUGGAGGCUUCCAAAAAUUCCUCUACUACACCAUUAUGUCAGCGAUGUGUUUUUUGCAUCCAGUGUUAGUCUGGCAUGCUGUCAUACCAGGGACUAUGCUGCUGCUGACAGGACUGCUGAACUUCAUUUUGAGCAAAAGGGAAAAGUCAAGUCCUCCCAAACAAUCCAUUGAAUCUUCUGGUGACUCAACUGUGUCCAUCGCUGAAUCGGAGGAACCUGAGCAAACAUUUUCCUUCUUCCACAUCAUCUCUGGGAAGAGAGCCUCUUACCUACCCAACAACAUCAGGUUGAAGAACACUGCUGACUCCUCUCAGGUCAUGCUCGGACCAAAUCAUUCCACACAGCACAUUUACAAUCCACUGAGCAAAGCUGACCAAAGAAACGUGCACUUCACAAAGAGUUUUAAAGAUGACACUGAGAUGGAGGAGUUUGACAUGGAUCCAGAGGAGACCACCUCAGAUAAAGCACCAAUGAUAAGAAUGUGAGGGGGAGGCUGUGGGAAAGGGAACGGCACUGUGUAAAUUCUAAAGAAUUUUUUUUUUCCAAUAAGAGUCAUGCAAUUACAAAAGCGUUUAUCAGCACUCCAUGUUGGAAUGUGAUUUUUUUUUGUUUUUUUUUUAAAGAUCAGUGGAAUCUGCUGUGAAGUCACAGGAACGUCCAGUUCAUUUGCUUUCAUAUGCAGAUACACUCACAUACAUUCUAUUAAGAAAUAUUUACAGCUUGCAUGGACAUGAGGAGUACUGAUAUUUCAAAGAUGCCAUUGAAGACUCAAGAUUGAACUGGAGUUUUUAGAUAUGUCGUAUAGCAAUUCACGAUAUAAUCAGCAGUCGUUCUAUAUAUUUAAAUUAUGUACAUUAUGUUUUAAGCAAAGAAGAUUAAGUCUAAAGUAUUUCGAAAUGAUCAGCCUCAUGUUGCCUCUAGAAUUAAAGCAUCCUUCAUAAAAAUGAGCAAAACCUGCAGUAGGAAAUAAAUAUUACACACAAUAAUUCUCCACUCAAACAAUAAGAGAAAGUAUUUAUCUUAAUCGUUAUUUAAACUAUCAUUGUUCUAAUGUUUUUUAAUAAUAGUGCCAAAAUUGUUGACACCCCUAAGGAAAAUGUUUAGGAUUAUUUUAAAUAAAGCCAGAUGCUCAUUCUUAGGAGAACUACUUGUUGGGCAUGCAUACCAUUAGUAUCCAGUUUGACAGCACAAGGAGACUGCAUACAAGGAAAGGUAUCUGAUGCCCCACUAUAAAUUAUGGUAGUGUAUCAGUGAUGUUUUGGGGUUGUUUUGUGACUGGGGGCUCAAGGGCUCUUUUGAAGAUUGAUGGUAUCUUGAAUUCUGCUAAAUACCAUGUUAUUCCAGCCCAAACCUUAGGUACUUCUGGCAGGAGGGUCAGACUUGGAGGUUUCAAUAGAUAGAGUUUUCAAUAAGACAAUGACCCAAACAUAUUUCAAACACAGAAGUGGAAGACCCACAAUCAUUGUUUUUAACUGAUCGAGUCUGUAUUUGAACCCUAUUGAAAACCUGUGAUAUGAAUUGAAGAAGAAAGCCAAGGGAAGAGUUUAAAAUUGCAUGGAGGAGUGGACCAAGAUCCUUCAACCUGUGUUUUCAACCUUGUUAGACAUUAAAGAAAGCGAUUCAGUACUGUUAUUCACUUCAAGGCAGACAUCACAGAAUAUUAAUGAUAAGGGUGCUGAUAAAUUUAAAUCACUGUUGUGUAUAAGUAAGUGUAAAUGUUUGAAGAAAAAAAAGAUGUUUGAAUAAAAUCGAAGGUAGUGUUUCUGCCUCACAGCUCCAGGGUUUGAUUCUGAGCUCAGGAUGCUGUCAGUGUGGAGUUUCCUUGCAUGUUUUCUCCCUGUCCAUUUCCUCUGGGUUCUCCCAUUUUCUCCCACUGUCCAAAAACAAAAUUAGGGUGCUAAAUUGCCCCUUGAUGGCAGCUCAUCCAGGGUGUAUUCCCUCCACAUAACCAGUGUUCCUGAGAUAGUCUCCAGAUCUACUGUGACCCUGAAGAGGAUAAAACUAUUACUGAGAUGUCUGAAUGAAUGAAUGAAUGAAUGAAUGAAUGAAUGGGGAAAGAAAUGAAUGAAAACUGCUCAUUUUCAUAAAGUUUACGAAUAAUUCUAGAGGGUAUAUUGUAUACGCUAAAUACAUAUUUCACAUUUCUACUAAUCUAUCCUAUUUAACUAUUCUCUUUUCAAGCCAAGAUCCUUUAAAAAAGUCAACAUUACAUAAAUCUAAUCUCUCCAGUUUACAUGAACCAUAUUAUAUGAGUAACUGUUACUGUCAGCUGUGUGUUCUUUGUUUUGAGAGCUGAGCCUUGGA